GGGAGAACCAGAGGGACCGUCGCUGCCAUCAUCGUGCGUCGCCAUUGAGCACACGGACGAAAGGGAGACGCGAGCAGUGAGCGAGAGGAAGCUUCGUCCUCGUCGCCGUUCCGUCGCCACCGUUGAAGCCAGCCUCGUCGUCAUCACCGAAAGUGCGCUGUCGAUUAGGGAAGGAUGAAGAGGAAUGCGAACGACUAGAGAAAGAGAAAGAAGAAGAACGCAUGGUGGUGGGUGUUUUCCUUGCCGUUACCGUCGCAGUUGUUGAAGCUCACCGUCGCCGCUGUGAGAGACGCUCCUUGCUGGCGCUGCUACUAGGGGUUUGGAGAGAAUGGCCCUGUUCUGCCUCUGCCUCUGGGUUCUGCAAGUUGCUAGAGUCCUCUGCCGCUGGGAACCAACACUGGAGCUGCCCUAAGCUAGUGCUUUGCUCUUUACUGAAAAGGGUGUUGAUCCACAUUCCUUGUUUCAUGGAAUCGGGACCCUGGAUUGGAAAGAUUUCAUUAUGUAAAGCAUUAGCUCAAAAAUUAUCGAUUCGAUUUAAUUCAAGAUUCCCACAGUGCCAGCUUAUUGAAGUGAAUGCACAUUCUUUAUUGAGUAAAUGGUUUUCUGAAAAUGGCAAGCUGGUUGCAAAACUUUUCCAAAAGAUUCAAGAAAUGUGUGUGGUCAUGCAGAUGAAGUCGAAAGCCUUGCUGCGGCCAGAAAAGCUGCUAUAUCCGGUUCAGAUCCUUCAGAUUCUAUUCAGGUUGUAAAUGCAUUACUAACUCAGAUUGACAAGUUAAAAUCAUCUCCAAAUGUGAUAAUCCUAACCACAUCCAACAUAACUACUACUAUUGGAAAAUCAUUAUGAAGGAGAGAAAGAACUUAAUCACACAAAUUGUGAAGAUCAAAUACUAGAGAGUAAAAAUCACCAAUUUGUGAAGGUGAUGAAGAAUCUAUUUACUAUUGUAAUAUAUCAAUCUCUUUUCUUUAUGAUUAGAUAUGGUUAUGACUUAGACUCUUAUUAUGUGAUUUUAAAGUAUCUUAGUUUAUUUGACUUCUAAAAUGAUAAAAUCUCU